UGUGCUCAGUUCGUCACAGUGUGAAUGUGUUGUGAGCGUUGUGUUGUUGUGAGAUGGGUGUUUGUGUGAGCGUAUGGCUUUGUUUGAUUGUGGUGUAAUGUGAGUUUAUUUCUUUAAAAAAAAAUCUACACAGUGAUCUUAUUUGAUCUGGUCCGAGUAUGGCUCCGCUUCGAUCAGAGAUGAUAGGAAACAGCGCCCUCGAGCCUCCGAGGCGAUGAGCAGUGGCGAGAGUUUCUGGGCCUCCACGUUGUGGUCGGAGGUGAUGAGUUUGAUCAGAUAUACUAGUUCUCGGUGCGUUUGGGUUCAUCUCAAGCCCCUCGAUGGACGAUGAGUAAAUCAGCGAUUCUGAUCCGACCACGGCCCAGAAGCCGCGUAAACCUCGUGUUAAUGCCACGAGUCGCUGUUUGUGCGUUUUUAUACAGAGUCGCGGCGCGUUUGAUCGGCUUUACAAUACGGUUGAGACGUGCUUGUUGGAGUUGUACUGGCCUGUGUUCGUGUUUUCAAGGAUCACAAAAUGAACACAUUUAACAAAUUGCUGAACUAUUGGGCCACGGUCGAAUUAUGAUGCUUUUGGGGACCCUGGAACGAGUGAACCUCCCAAACCGUGUUUACACGGACCUAGGUCCGACCGAGUAGGACAAUGUUAAAACACCGAUAGUCCACCGGCGUUUACGACUCUGGGAGCCCGAUGCUAACUGUUACAACUGAAUUUAACUCCAAUCGUCGGGCGUUUUACUGGCGCGUUGGUUAAAAAACUGUCCGUUUAGUAAACCGUGCCGAUUUAAGUAUGAUUCACUUUGCAGCUGGAGUCGAACAACGCGUCGCCAAAGACCAGCAACUAGGCAGCUUCUUUUAUUAGGGCUCUGCUACCUUUUUGUAAAAUAAACCACGUAUCUACAUACGAGCUAACGUAUCACAUUGGGCCUGCUGCACGGAGUAGAAUUUAAAAAAAUUUCAACACCAAGUUACGUUUGCCUCGUCCUUCAAGUUGCCCUUUUUUCUUUGCAUUUGCUAUUGUCUGGAGAAUUAACACACAUCCUCACCAGUAGUAACAGACCGUCCAGUAUUACAACAAAUUCCUAUAAGAGAAUGCAGUAUUUGUCUUUCUACUUUGGCAGUUUUAUUUAUGCAAUCUUUAUUUUCCUAAAAUUCACAACGUCCAUCCAAAAUGGUGAUUCUUAUUAAUUUAUGGAACAGAUCAAGUUUUCCCUCCAAAAACUCGCAAGCCUGUUUAAUUUUGUUCAACCUGGUGAAAAGAGCUACAUAUUGUGUUAUUAGAAUAGCUCAGGCAGGCAACCAACAGCUGCCAAAAUGUGAUCUUUAGUAUAGCAUAGUUUUGAUCAAAAUAAUUGUUUUUGACAAGCCUACCGUAUAUACUUUGGCAAUAUUGUAUUAUCAAUGAAUACAUAUAUAAGUGCCAAAUGACGUGCCAAUAUGAAAAAAACACAUGAAAUCAGAUAUUUACUUAUUUAUUCGUAACAUCUUGAAUGCUUUCAUUGUAGAAAUUAAAACAAUAAAAUAAAAACGUGUUAUUCCAUUCAUAUUUACACCAUUUCCACCCCAUCACACGGGUGAAAUGACGUAGCGUAAGUGUCCGCCUUGAUAAAUGCCGUUCGAUUUCUAAAUGAAGACUAAAUGCUAAGAAAAUGAGCUUCAGCGUUUCCUUAUGUAUCUCCUUCAGCAUAGGGACCUCCGGACCUUCUUUUACGAAAGGAAAGGAGAUUAGACCGUCCCACAAUUCCUUGCUGCUGCAAUAUUUCAAUAGUAAGGUAUCAUUUUACAGAGAAACACAGAUUAUGUAAGCAACCGUUAGCCUAACAUUUAAUUUGCAACCUUAAUAAAGCCGUACUUCGGUCAAGGGAAGGUGGUUAGGAAAAGACGUUAGUUAGGCAAUAAUUAGUUAGGUAAUGUUUUUGACUAUUCGAAUCCACCCCUAGUCUCACGUAUGAGUCUGUGACUCUCGCGAUAACGUUACUUCUGACAAUGACGCCGGUCCUUGUGAUUACACGUGACCUAAUCUGUCCAACCACCUCUCAGUGAACAAUAGUUGAGGCGCGCCAGGCCGAACGGUUGCUGUUUCCUUUCGUAGGACAGCUAACGUCUUUUGGUAACUAUGGCUACGUUCAGCAAAAAACGGCGACAAAGUCACGUAAAAAGUGGCUCACAAAGUACAAACAACGUAGCGGACAUGUUCUUACGCGGUCCAACGAAUGUUGAAGAAGAGGGACGUUUUGUGGAAGGCUCCAUACUUCGCCUCACCAUGAAAAACUUCCUGACUUACGACUACUCCGUGUUGUUUCCUGGACCCAAUCUGAACAUGAUUGUUGGAGCCAAUGGAACCGGCAAGUCCAGCAUCGUGUGCGCCAUCUGUUUGGGUCUGGCUGGCAAGACCGCUAUCCUGGGCAGAGGCGACAAGGUUGGGCUCUAUGUCAAGCGUGGGUGCAAUAAAGGAUUCAUUGAAAUUAUGCUAUACAAGGCUGGUGGUAAUGUAGUAAUCAACAGAGAGAUCCAUGUGGAGAACAAUCAGUCGCUGUGGAUGCUGAAUGAAAGACACUGCAACCAGAAAGCAGUGGAAGAAGAAGUCAAGUCUCUGCGUAUCCAAGUCAGCAACCUCUGCCAGUUUCUGCCUCAGGAAAAAGUGGGAGAGUUUGCGAAGAUGUCUAAAAUUGAGUUGCUGGAGGCAACUGAGAAGUCAGUGGGACCACCAGAAAUGUAUGAGUACCAUUGUGAGCUCAAAAACUUUCGCAACAGAGAACGAGAACUGGAGAACGUUGUGAAGGAGAAGGUCAGUUUCCUCGAAAAGGCCAAGCAGAGGAAUGACAGAAACAAACAUGACGUGAACCGUUAUUACGAAAAGAAGAGGCAUCUGGACGUGAUAGAGUUGCUUGAUAAGAAGAAACCGUGGGUGGAGUACGAGACCACCCGAAAGGAGUGUGAAGGCGCAAAGAAGGAGCGAGAUGACGCCAAAAAGCAGCUUUCUGCCCUGAAGCAGGCCCAGGCGCCCAUGCUGAGGAAGAUCCAGCUGAUUGAUAACCAGCUGAAGCCCACUGAGGCACAGAUAAAGGCUAAGACUGUCGCCAUCAAAGAAGCCUCUCUGAAGUGCAAACAGAAACAAGAGCAGUUGGAUCGAAAACACAAUGAGAUAGAAGAUAUUAAACAGACUCAAAGGCUGAAGCAGAUGGAAGAGGAAGACCACCAGAAGCGAAUCAGCAACACCAGGCGGACCAUUGAGGACUUGAAGGCGGAGCUUGCCAAAGUUGCCGACCAACCUGAUGUGACUCCGCGGAUCAACACCGUCAACCUCGAGCUGCGAAACAUCCGGGAGGAGAGAGCGAAGCUCGAAGGAGAGAAGGGCGACCUGCGCAGGGAGAAGGAGAACCUGCACGCUGAGACCAGAAUGUUGUUGAGAAAGCUCAGUGACAUGAACAACAUGAUGAAUGCCAAAGAGGAGAAGCUGCGAGGACGCCACAAGGACACGCACAUGGCCCUCCAGUGGCUCCGACAGAACAGACAGCUCUUUGUGGGAAAUGUCCAUGAGCCCAUGAUGCUGGUGAUCAAUGUGAAAGAUCAUCGCUUUGCUAAGUUUGUGGAGAACCACAUCUCGUUCCACGAUCUACGGGCGUUUGUCUUCCAGAAAAAAGACGACAUGGAGAGGUUCAUGACCGAGGUUCGUGACAAGAUGAACCUGAAAGUCAACUCCAUAUCUGCUCCGGAGGAUUCGUGCUCCAGGCGGCCACCAUCACGAAAUAUUGAGUCCCUGAGGCGCUUUGGGUUCUUCACCUACUUACGCGAGAUGUUUGACGCCCCCGAUGAGGUGAUGAGUUACCUCUGUCACCAGUACAAAGUGCAUGACGUCCCUGUGGGCAAUGACCAGACUAAAGCAAUGAUUAAAACGGUGAUUGAGGAGCCCUACCUUAGGGUGUUAUACACAACAGAUGAGAGGUACACUUUGAAGAGGUCCUAUUACUCCAACAAGAUCAGCACCAGUAACUCUGCAGUUCACCCUUCCCAGUACCUCAGCAUCACGGUGGAUGCUGAAGAGAAACGGCUGCUUGAGCAGCAGAUGAAGAGCUGUGAGUUGAAGCUACGAGACAUCGAUGAGAGGAUAAAGGCCCUGCAGGCGGAAGCCGCCAGUCUAGAUCGCCGUGACAACGAGUUGUUGGUGGAGAAGAAGCACCUUUGUGAAGUGAAGGGAAAAAAGAGGCAACUGGAGCAGAAGAUCAGUACUAAGCAAGACAGUCUGAGACAAAUGGAGAAGAGCGUUAUUAACCUGCAGAAGAUCGAAGAGGAAACUAAAGCGAAAAUUGCAGUUGUCAAUGCAGAGAAAGUGUCCAUAAUCACAGUGUUCCUGGCCCAAAUUAAGCUGAGAUCCAAGCUGACCAUGGAGAAGGUGUACCUGGCUUUGGAAUCUGUGGGUCUGAUGGGUGAGAAAAGCAAGCUGGAGAAUGAUUGUAGAGACGGUGCCUCUGAACUCAAGACAACUGAGCAAAAAUGCAGCCGUCUAGAGCAGAGGAAAGUGCAACUGACGGAGCAAUGCAGAGGCCUCUUGAAGAGAGCGAUGUCAAUUUGUAAGAUGCGCCCUGAUGAGUCGUUACCGGAAGACCUUCGUAACGCUUUCAGCAAGCUGCCUGACACGCUGGACGAGAUCGAUGCGAUGCUGAACGAGGAGCGCUCCAGAUCCGAGUGCUUCACUGGCCUCAGCGAAAAUGUUGUUGACGAGUACAACAAGAGAGAGCAGGAGAUCAAACAUCUGGAGAAAGAGCUGGAAGACGAGAGCAGCGCUCUGAACACCUACCGACAGAACAUAUCCGAGGCUAAGGAGCGCUGGCUGAACCCUCUGAAGCAGUUGGUGGAACAGAUAAAUGACAAGUUCAGUGAUUUCUUCCGCUCCAUGCAGUGCGCAGGAGAGGUUGAUCUGCACUCAGAGAACGAGGAGGAGUAUGACAAAUAUGGGAUCCGAAUUCGGGUGAAGUUCCACAGCAGCACUCAGCUCCACGAGCUCACGGCGUACCACCAGAGCGGAGGAGAGCGCAGCGUCUCCACGAUGCUCUACCUCAUGGCCCUGCAGGAGCUCAACCGCUGCCCCUUCAGAGUUGUGGACGAGAUCAACCAGGGAAUGGAUCCUGUAAAUGAGAGAAGAGUCUUUGACAUUGUUGUCCGCACAGCCUGCAAAGAGACAACAUCCCAGUACUUCUUCAUAACACCCAAACUGCUGCAGAAUCUUCAGUACGCUGAUGAGAUGACCGUCCUCUGUGUCCAUAACGGCAGCCAAAUGCUUCCCCCCAACCAAUGGGACGAGAGUGAAUUCAUCAAACGAUGUGUCCAAAGAAAAGCCAUGGAAUGAGCCUACAGUUUUACGUCCACUGCCAAAAUUCAAUUAUUUAGAAUAGCUGAAAUGAAACCAAUGUUUAUCAUAAUUUCUGUUAAGCUUUUUUUUGUUGUUGAUAAAAUCAGGA